UCUGCCGUGUGUUGGCCGCGCAGUGUGGCACGUAGAUCAUGAUAUCGCAGAACGCGGCGGACACAGGUGCGGCCCGGUUGUGGGUGUCAUCAACCAACAGCAAACGGCCGCUGCUUCACUUCAGGUGCCGGAAUAAGCAGAACCAGAUUAUCAGUGAGUGCAUCGCGGAUUGUGUCGGCACGAAGCAGGCGGCAUGGAAUCGGUAGGCGACGAGACGAUUCCACAUCGGAGUGUGCUCAGCUGGGAACUUCAAAUCGAUGGACAGUGACGUGUCGUUGAUGCAGGGACUUCAUUCGUGAACAAUUUCGUUGAUCAGCCGCAUGGCAGUCGCACCGAGCCGCAAGCAACGAAGGGUCAAGCACUGGUAGUGGUGCAAGCCAACAAAACGUGAAUGCGGGCCGCUGGGUCCAGUGACAAACAAGGCAAUACCAUGACUAGCCUUUCAAUCCACUGGCAAGCCCAUGCCUUGAUUCACACUCAGCGAGCAUGGAUUUGGACUUAUGGCGCUUGUAACACCCCUCGCAACCAGUCUCUUCUCUCCGAACACGCAAUCCCCUCAUGUGGCAGAAGAGCUCUUAGCUAGGAACUCAGAACGUUUGAAGGCGUACGGGUUGCUACCCGAGUAUAUACAAAGGACUCCGUCCGACUGUAGGACGGACGUGUCAGACAUGCGACGUUCUCCGAAGUGCUUGCUUCACCUCCCUCAAGAAAACGCGUGUCUUUGGAUGAUACAAUUGCUGUGGCCCUAUUGGUCGGGUUCGCACAAGGCCUGCUAUUACACUUUUACACUUCUACUCGAUCUUCACUUUGUGCGCAGUCGCCUUCUCGCACUCCUCGCCAAACACAUCGAUGUCCCACUUGGGCGUGUAGCGGGCGGGGAUGUUGUACCGCCGCGGGCUCUGUCCCAGCGCGUUGACCUUGGCAUAGUCCGCGUCGCUGAGCGCGACCUGGUUGAAGUUGGCGACGAUCCGGGAUUCCGUGACGCUCUUGGGGAUCACGGAGUAGCCCCGCUUGAUGCCCCAGGCGAGCAGGACCUGCGCCGGAGAAGCGCCGAUCGAGUUGGCGACUUCGACGAUGACCGGGUUUUCUGUGAGCAGCGGGUCCCCGACAGCUUGCGAGAUGGUGGAGUUAGUCAGGGUUGUGGGAUGGUUUCGAAGGGCUUACAGUUGUUGCCGAGAGAGCUGUAGGCGGUGAUGUGGAUGUUCUUCGACGCACAGUAUGCCGCGAGCUCAUCUUGGGGCAGCAGCGGGUGAGCCUCGAUCUGGUUCGCAGCGGGGACGACGCCAGUGGCUUUGAUGAUGCCCUCGAGGUGUGCGAUGGUGAAGUUGGAGACACCGACGUUGCGGACCUGGCUCAUAUGAGAUUCGACGGGGAGAGAGUGAUUCGUCCACGCACCUUCGACUUGGGGAGCGCGAGCAUGGCCUUCCAUGUGUCGACGAGCGAGGUCUCGAGAUCGAGCGCCACUUCGCCCUGACCGGCCGGAUCGAGAGGGAAGAGGUUAGCGCCAGGUUGGAAAGCGACGGGCCAGUGGAUCACUGCGGAGCGAUCAAUGGGCUAUAACGGAAGUAGCAGAUCAUCCCGCACGAUAGAGAUCCAGGUAAUCGAGUCCGAGUUGCUUCAAAGUCUCGUCCAGCUCCUUCUCGACAAGAUCCGGCCGAUGUGAGGUGUUCCAGCACUUGGAGGUGAUGAAGAUGUCCUCGCGCUUUGCGACGGCGGGGAACAGCUUUUUGAACGCCUCGCCGAUCUCGGGCUGGUUGGCGUAUACCAUCGCGAGAUCGAGGUGCUUGUAGCCAUUCUUCACGGCGAUCUCGAC